CGACCUCUGCUGCCGCUUUACGGCAGUCGAAGAAGAAGAAAGCAGAAGAAGAAGAAGAAGUGCCAGCAUGGCGUUCACUCUCUACUCCCUCAUCCAAACUGCGAUUUUAUGCACCAAUGCCGUCGCUGUGCUGCACGAGGAGAGGUUUCUGAGUAAGAUCGGCUGGGGUGUGGAUCAGGGAGUUGGAGGUUUUGGGGAUGAUCCUGGAGUCAAAGCUCAGAUCCUCAAUCUGGUCCGUUCAGUCCGGACCGUCAUGAGAGUGCCUUUAAUAAUAGUGAAUUCAGCCUGCAUUGUCCUGCUGCUGCUGUUUGGUUGACAGCCACACACACACACACACACACACACACACACACGCACACACACACACACACACACACAGGUUCGUAUUUCUAUCCUUGUGGGGACCUU